AUGGUCGUUAUGAUUAAACAAAUAAUCAUUAUGUUUGCUACGUAUAAUGUUGGGAUUGAGAAGGGUGAGGUCCCUGAGGUUCUGAGGAGCCUGCAGUUCAUAACGCUCCCGUUGUUCUCCUUCAGGAACCUGGGGAGGGAGGAAGUAGAGCGGAGGGUGGGGGAGCUGAGGUGCCUCGUGAGGAGUUGCUGCGCUGGGAGGGGGGCGGUUUUGUACCUGGGUGACCUCAAAUGGGCGGUCGAGUACAGGAUCAGUGCGCUCGGAGAGAAGGGUAGAGGGUAUUAUUGUCCGGUUGAGCACAUAAUUAUGGAGAUCAGGAGCUUGGUUUGCGGGGGGUUUGGAGGGAGGUUCUGGGUGAUGGGGAUCGCCACGUACCAAACCUACAUGAAGUGUAGACUGAGCCUCAACUGUGACAGUGAUUCACAAAGCCUGUCCAAAAGCAAGAGACCCGGAGAUGAACCUAGUUGGCGCCCUUUGAUAGAAGAUGCAGCAGGAAGUAAGCUUAGCUGUUGUGGAGAUUGCUCUAUCAAAUUUGAGAACGAGGCUCGAAGCCUUUCUAAAGUUUCAAGCAGUACUCAAGGUUCAAUGAUCACCUCAAAUCUACCUUCAUGGCUUCAACAGUACAAGGAAGAGAAUGAGAGGGCAACAAAUAUCAAUAAGGAGUCUACGCAAGAACUAUGCAAGAAGUGGAACUCUAUAUGCGACUCGACCCACAAGCACCAAAAUCAUUCGUCCGAGAUCACCCUCCAAUUUUCUUCAGUCUCUCCAUCUUCUUCUUCCAUUUCUUUCUAUGACCAGCAGCCCUACUUGGCCUUACAGCAAUCUCUCCACCCCCUAUCCUUUUCCAAACACCAGCAGAGGGAACACCAGAGCUGCUUAAUGCCAGAGCCUAAAGACGGAGAACUUGGACACAGCUCAAGGUUCUACUUACAAUCCACUUCACCUGGCUCAAACCCUAAGCCCAACCCUAACUCAACUUCUUCUAGCGACACAAUGGAAAUGGAGUAUUUCUCAAAGUUUAAGGAGCUCAAUGCUGAGAACCUGAAAAUUUUAUGCAACGCGCUGGAGGAAAAGGUGUCAUGGCAGAAUGCCAUCAUUCCUGAAAUUGCCAGCACCAUUCUGCAAUGUAGAUCCGGGAUGAUGAGGAAGAAAGGAAGGUCAAAAUUGUCAAGAAACAAGGAAGAGGCGUGGCUGUUUUUCCAAGGUGGUGAUGUUGAAGGCAAAGAGAAGAUUGCUAGAGAGCUAGCAAACCUCGUCUUUAGUUCCUACGCAAAUUUUGUCUCAAUUGAACUCAGCAGUUUCUCAUCGAUUAGGUCUGGUUCCACUGAAGAUAUUCGAAAUAAACGCUCUAGGUCAGAAGCAAGUCAUAGCUAUCUUGAAAGAUUUUGUGAAGCAAUCCGUGAGAAUCCACAUCGGGUCUUCCUAGUGGAAGACAUUGAGCAAGUGGAUUCAUGCUCUCAAAUGGGUAUCAAGGCAGCAAUAGAGACAGGGAAAAUAGGCAGCUGUAAUGGUGAGGAAAUUAGUACUGGUGAUGCUAUCAUCAUUUUAAGUUGUGAGAGCUUUGACUCAAGGUCAAGGGCUUGCUCUCCGCCCGUGAAGCAGAAACUGGAGAGUGGGGAAAUGAAAGUUCAUGAAUCAGAGAAGGAGAUGGAUUCAGGCGCUUGUUUGGAUUUGAAUCUUUGUGCUGCUGAUGAAGAUGUGGAUGGUUGCUCUUUUGGUGAUCUAGGGCUCCUUGAGUCGGUGGAUAGAUCAUUCCUUUUUAAGUUGCCAGAAGAGUUUUAGUAUGUGUUUUAAGGUUCUUGUUUCUUGGUUUUUAUGCUCAAUCUUUAUUUUUUGAGUUCUUUCCUGUAAAUUUUGGAAUGACAAAAAAGACUUGGCCUAAGAAAUCUUGUACCAGCUAGAAAAUACUUGUACAAUUAUUUUGUAGUCAUCAUUGUAGAGUAAAAUUAAAGGAUUUGCA